AUGAAGUCGAUUGGCGGAUUCCAGUCGCAAGGUUAUGGACAGCCGAAAGCUGACGAUAUCGUUAAACCAGCACUGAAUAUUGAGGGUUCAAAAGUCACCAAUGGCAGAUCAUUCGUGCAGUUUACAAUUCCUCAUAGCAUCUUUGACUUGUAUACGGACGAUGGUGGUUGCGUUACACUUCAAGUAGCUGUGUUAGCCGGUCAGUGGUCAGGACAAUUCGCUGUGAAGAAGCACAAUAAAACUCCGGAGGCAGUUCUAGUCUGUGGAAUUGAGCACUGUCCAAAUCAUGAACCUGUCAGAGACGAAGUGGCUGAGAAGAAGACCGAAGAAACCGAACAAGAAAAAUCAUCUGGAGCUGACGUACUACCCGAAGAAGAAGGACUUGAGAAAAAGGAAACUUUGCACGAGAUUGAUGAGUCAAAUGGUGAGUUGUACUUGCUACACCCAAGCUAUGUGUGA